AUUUCCACAUAUAUAUCCCGAUACAAUGAGUGGAUACGAUAGCGCGUUAUCCAUUUUCUCACCAGAUGGACACGUAUUCCAAGUCGAGUACGCCUCCGAAGCCGUCAAAAGAGGCACGUGUGCCGUGGGUGUCAAGGGCGCCGACUGCGUGGUUCUUGGCUGUGAGAAAAGAACCACGUUGAAGCUACAGGACCCCCGCAUCACGCCCUCCAAGAUCUGCAAGGUCGACAACCACGUGUUGUUGACGUUUGCAGGCUUGAAUGCCGACGCGCGGAUCUUGAUCGACAAGGCGCGGGUCGAGGCCCAGUCCCACCGCUUGAAUUUGGAGGACGCCGUGUCCAUUGAGUAUCUUACUAAAUACGUUGCGGGAGUGCAGCAGAAGUACACGCAGUCGGGCGGAGUGCGUCCGUUUGGAAUUGCAACGAUGAUUGCAGGGUUUGACUCCAACGACACCACGCCUAGAUUGUACCAGACAGAGCCCAGCGGAGUGUACAACUCGUGGAAAGCACACGCCAUAGGCCGCCUGGCCAAGACCGUCAAGGAGUUCUUGGAGAAAAACUAUGAUGAGGGUGCCGACGAGAAGCUGACGGUCAAGUUGACGGUCAAGUCGUUGUUGGAGGUGGUCCAGACGGGCGCCAAGAACAUCGAGAUAUCGGUGUUGAAGCCCGGCAACGUGAUCACGCUGUUGUCUGUCCAGGAGAUUUCCCAGUACGUGGAAGAGAUCGAGAAGGAGAAGCAGGCAGAAGCGGACAAGAAAAAGAAGUCCAGGGACUAG